CGAGCCCACGGCCGACCCGUCGGCCGAGCCCACGGCCGCGCCCACGGCCGACCCGUCGGCCGCGCCCACGGGCGACCCGUCGGCCGCGCCGACGGGCAUCCCGACGGCCGACCCGUCGGCCGCGCCCACGGCCGAGCCGACGGCCGACCCGUCGGCCGCGCCCACGGCCGCGCCCACGGCCGCGCCCACGGCCGCGCCCACGGCCGACCCGUCGGCCGGGCCCACGGGCAUCCCGACGGCGGCACUGGCGCCUGCGCCAUGACGCCGCCGUCCACUGGCGCCUCCCGCGCCUGCAUCCCGACGGCCGACCCGACCGCCGCGCCCACGUCCGACCCGACGGCCGGCACGGGCGCGCCCACGACCGACCCGUCGGCCGCGCCCACGGGCGUGCCGACGGCCGACCCGUCGGCCGCGCCCACGGGCACGCCCACGACCGACCCGACCGCGCCGCUGCUCAUCGCCGAGUGCCUCGACGAAGCGGCGUACUACGUCUUCGGCUUGGACGCGAGCAAGUCGAUGGAGGAAACUGGCUGGAACAUCGCUCGCAAGUUCACCCAGGAUAUGGCGAAGACGCUGCUCGAUUUGAACGACGAGAGGAUCUCAGCGGGUCUAGAGCCGCACCAGGUGGCGGCGUACUGGUUCAACGGGGCGCACGUUAACUCCCCGGGCACGUUCACGGAGUUCACGACCGACUACGACGCUUUCGAGGUUUCCAUACUCGACUAUGGCGAGGUCGAGGAAGCACAGACGCAGCACCCGCAAGGGUUCCAGAAGGCCACACUGUGGCUGGACCCCGUCACUUCGAAGUUCAAGAGCCACGUGCUGAUCACCGACGGCGCUCCGUUCGCGGCCACCGGACCCUGCAAGAACGGAGAGAGCCUGGGGCAUCUCAUCGGAGGAACUCCGGAGCACAACUACGAAACGUUCACGGACAUUCGAGACACUCCGUGCCGCGCGGAGUGCGCCGUCUUGGAUUGCGACGCGACCGGUCCGACGGGCUGCCUGGAGCAAAUGAGACCUUGGGCCAAGGCAGAUUGCCUGAGUGAGGACGGGAAGAGCGACAAAGGCAAAGCCGAGGCGUGCGAGUGCGCGCUCCACGUCGCCGAACUCUUCAACGCGGUGCCGCACUUCUCGACGACGGUCGUGGGCGUCCAGAACGCGCAUAAUCCCGAGGAACGGUACACGGAGAUCUUCGACGCGAUGGCGUCGACCCCGGGCCACUACAUCGACGCGAUGGGCGGCGAGCUCGGGGAAGACGAUAUCACCGAAUACGUGGACCGGACGCUGCGAGCCGCGUGCAACACGCCGUACCAGAAGUGCCAACGGAACAACGACGUCUCGACGUUCCCGCGCGACAAGUACGCCGACGGCGACGACGAGUUCCAGCACAAGAGCUGGGCCAUCGGCUGCGACUUCGCCGAGAAGGACGCCAUGUCGACCCGCCGCGCGCUCGGAGAAGUCACCUUCAACCUUGAGAACGAGGAUGACAAGGAGAACCUGCUGAUGAAGCCCCUGCGGACGCCCGUCGUCGCGUCGUACGACGACGACGAGCUCGAGGACGCGACGCCGUUCUCGGAGGCGCCGGAGACGCCGGCGGACGACAAGGAGGUCGAGGAGGAGGAGGAGGAGGCGGUCGUCGAGUCCCCCGCCGCGUCGCCGAGCGAGUGGGACCUGCUCGUCAACGAGGCGUCGGUCCGCGUCGGCGCGGCGGUGUCGCGGCUCCCGCCCGACGCGCGGCGCGUCGUCGACGCCGUCGAGGCGCGCACGGGCCUCACGGCGCUGAACCUCGUCGCCGCGGCCGCGGCCGUGGUGCCCUUCCUGUGCCUCACGGUCAUGUGGACCUGGCGCCAGAUCGCCGUCGCGGCCGUCGGCGGCGCCUACCCGGCGUUCCGCACGGCCAAGCUCCUCGUCGAGGUCGAGGCCGCCGCGCCGGACCCCGCGGAGGUCAAGCAGUGGGCGGCCUACUGGCUCUUCUGCAGCGCGUCCCUCGCGCUCCGCCACACCGUCGGCCUCAGCCUCCUCCCGCCCGUCUUCUACGUCAAGGCCGCGCUCCUCGGCUGGCUCGUGUCGUCGGACACGCGCGGCGCGAAGGUCGUCUGGGACGCGGCCGUCGAGCCCCUCGUCAAGCCCUGCUUCAAGCCCAAGGAGGCCUGCAUGGCCCUCGUCGCGACGGGCAAGAAGGUCCGCCGCCGCAUGUCCGCGUGCUUCUCGCCGUCGCCCGUGUCCUUCGAGGAGAUCCACGCGGACUGAGCGCGCCAAGAAACCCCCCCCGCAAGCCCCCCAUCCCGUGCACAAGAGACGCCGACGCACACGUAAUGCGUCCGCCGCG